CUGCCUCCCCGCCACCGGGUUCCCCAGGAGUCCCUCUGGGCGCUCGGGGCGCUUCCCCUCCGCCAUGGGCUCCGAGUGGAGCCGCCCCGAGGAGCGGGAGCCUCUCUUGCCUCCCCCGCAGCCUCCUCCUCCUCCUCCGCGCGGGAGGCCCCUCGCCGCCGCCGCCUCCGGCUCCCAGGGCCCGCGGGCCCCCUCCUCCUGGGCUGCCUCCCCCGGCGGGGCCUCGCGUGUCUCUGGGCGGCGGUGGCUGGUUCUGCUGCUGUUCUCGGUGCUGGGGCUGGUGCAGGGCCUGGUGUGGAACACGUGGGGCCCCAUCCAGAACUCGGCCCGCCAGGCCUUCGCCUUCUCCAGCCUCGACAUCGCCCUCCUCGUCUUCUGGGGGCCCAUCGGCUUCGUCCCCUGCGGCCUCUUCAUGUGGCUUAUGGACAAGAAGGGCCUAAGAGUAACUGUGCUGUUAACAUCAGCCCUCAUGGUGGUAGGAGCUGGCUUGAGAUGUGUACCUGUAUCAGAUGAAGAAAAAAGGAAAUGGUUGAUUCAUGGAGGACAACUGUUGAAUGGGUUGGGCCCAACUGUAGCAAGCGCUGCUCCGUUACUCACAACAUGGUUUCUCCAGAUGAACUGCACUGCCACAGCUAUUUGCAUCAUUGAUUGGUUACUUGGUGGAGCAUGACAUUUAGUGGGGCCCUUGUUAGUUCCAGGGCCAAUGGUACAUCUGCAUCUCCACUCUGAAGUUACUACCAAAAAAUUUGGCAUUGUGGCGCUCUUUUGUGCUGCACUAGCCUAUUUCCCAUCACGUCCUCUUCCCCCAAGUGUUGCUGCAGCUAGCCAGAGGCUCAGUUAUAGAAGAAGUUUUUGUAGGCUAUUAAGCAACCCCCGGUUUCUGAUGAUUGCUCUAGCAUAUGCUAUACCCCUGGGUGUUUUCUCUGGGUGGUCUGGUGUUCUAGACUGGAUAUUAACCCCAGCUCACAUAAGCCAAGUGGAUGCAGGUUGGAUUGGAUUUUGGUCUAUUGUAGGAGGCUGUGUGUUCGGCAUAGCAUUGGCACGGUUUGCUGAUUUUAUCAGAGGAAUGCUGAAACUUAUACUUCUCCUAUUAUUGUCAGGAGCAACUCUGUCAUCCAUCUGGUUUACUUUGACAUGUUUAACAACUGUCAUUCAUCUUCCUUUAACCACAGCCACCUUGUACACAUCCUCCAUUUUGCUGGGUGUCUUCUUGAACAGCAGUGUACCUAUAUUCUUUGAACUCUUUGUGGAAACAGUCUAUCCAGUUCCAGAAGGAAUUACCUGUGGCGUGGUCACCUUCCUAAGCAACAUGUUCAUGGGAGUCCUUUUAUUUUUUCUGUUUUUUUAUCAUGAAGAAUUCUCUUGGUUCAACUGGUGUGUUCCAGGAUCCUGCUUGCUAAGUCUUUUGCUCAUCCUGUGCUUCAGGGAAUCCUAUGAUAGACUUUAUCUUGAUGUCAUUGUCUCCGUUUGAUAGCACAAAACAGAAUGGAGAAUGGAACCUGGUACUAUGCUUGGCCCAAUUCCUUGGAAAUUGGAAAGCCAAAGGUUCACAGUAGAAACAUGGACAUUUUAACUGAAUUAGAAAAAAGUGUGGGUUUUUUUUCAAGUAUAUGUCCUAAUUUCAUCUUUUAUUAUUUACACAGUUAUGAAGAGCCUUGAAUUAAAAUUUGACUUUUUAAGGGA